UACCUCUAGUCACACUAAGGCUCGAGACAGGUUUUGGUUUCUGUUAACCUCAAGAUCCAGGCACUGGAAGUAUACCAAGUUACGGUCUGUGAUUUUUUUAGGAAAGCUGCUUUAUCUUACACAUCUCCAGCUGACAGAGUGGAAAAAACAUGACAAACAUCACUCGACAUAUUGUCACACACCUUCUGACAUUCUCGCUGCAGAACGGGGAAGUGCAGAGCGUUGAGGAAGCUCAGAACCGUCUUUCCUUCCUGGCUCAGAAUAAAAAGCUAUGGAGUCAACAGAUGUACCUGGAUGUGGGAACAGGGGGCAUUUAUCUCAGAGACGUACAGAGUCAGGACGAGCUGGAGAGCUACGCCUUCAGAUCCAUCUUCCGCUGUCAAGCUGUUAACACAGAAAAACACUUCCCAUCCCUCCUUAUGUUAGUCUGCCAAGGUGACGAUCAGAAGAAGCCAGACAUCCACUUCUUUAACUGUGAAACGGUGAAGGCACAGCAAAUCUGCGACGAAGUCACUCUGGCUUUGAGAACAUUUCUCUUUAAAGGACACGUGAAGGGCAGAGACAUGUGGCUUCAGAGUGGAGGAGAUAUGUUCGACCCCUAUAACAUACCAAGUCCUCCCAUGCUGCAUGCUCCUAAUCCCCCACCUGUCAACCCUCCACCUUACCCUGGACCCAGAGCAAAUGGCGGACCUGAUAUCUCUUUCCUGCGAGCAGAGAGAGAAGUGGGGAUCCUUAAUCACUGUUUCGACGAAAUCGAGGCCUUCAUGGGCAAGCUGCAGCAGACUGCUGAAGCUGCAACGGUGCUGAACCAAAGAAAGAAGAAGAAGAAGAAAAGUAAAAAGCAAAGCGCUGAAGGUUUUUUGGAUUUGUUGUUACAUCUGUGGUUUGAUGUUGGGCUAUCGGGCAGAAGAAUGAUGGUAAAAACAACAGGAGGACCAGCUUUUGGAGCCGCCAUAUCCAGUCCUGCCCUGACCAGCUCUGCUGUGUCCCUUCUACAAGAUACCCUGACUGAGGAGGAGAGGCAGCUCUGGACGUCGCUGGGACCCAACUGGACACACCCUCGGUCUCAGCUGCGUGGGCCUGUAGCUCCAUACACCCCAGUGUUCUUUGAUGGCUGGAAGCCAGAAGCCUUGAAGCCUGACGGGCAGGUUUGGGAGGAUCCGGUCGAGUCACAGCACAAACUCGAAGCCCUUCGAGAAAAACAAGAGGUUCCAGCUGCGCCUCCACUUUCCAAGAAUGUCACUCUUGCCCCACCCACCCCCCCUGCUCUUCCCAAAACCACCCCCACCCACUCCCCACAGCGCCCACGCAGCUUACCAUCAUACAACCAGCAUGUGCAAGCUGUUGAGGACAAUGACAAAGUCACGCUGGUAAAUGACGAGCUGCUCCAGAGACUGACCAAUGGAAAGUCCAAUAUGAACAAACCCCUCGUCAUCCCUCGCUCUGCAGACACCUCCCUCCCCCUUGACUACCACUCUCCUCCAGAGGAGGUGGCUGAGUGGCUCAGAGGGAAGGGCUUCAGCAAACCGACAGUGUCAUGUUUGGGUGUGCUGACAGGCGCCCAGCUGUUCUCUCUCAACAAAGAAGAGCUGAAAGCUGUGAUUCCAGAGGAGGGUGCCAGAGUGUACAGUCAGCUCGCUGUGCAAAAAUCACUGCUAGAGGUAAGCGAAAAGAGAACAGCUAUAUCUUUUAAAGGGAAGCCAUAUCAAAGGCUUCAAUAUUAA